AUGGCGAAGUGCAAUGUCAUGCUACUUUGGAAGCUAUUCCAAACAUUCAUGGCCGAAGUGCUUGCCUCCGGUCUGGCCCAUUUGUUUUGCUUUCUUCUGGACAUUAACACACCGAAUUUACCCAUCGUCGCUGGCUUCAUCGCCGGCGCAUCCGUCUACCUUGGAAUCUGGUGCAGCUUCUCUACCAGCGGAGCCCAAAUAAACCCAGUGGUAACCCUAGCCGUUGUGAUCACACGUCGACUCCAUCCACUCUACGCCCCCGUUUACCUAGCUGGAGAGUUUGUCGGUACAAUUGGCGCUAUGGGGAUUGCUUGGAGUAUUUCUCCCUUCAAGGGACAAGCUCCAGGGACAUAUGGGAUGACGCUUCCUGGGAAAGAGGUGACUUCCCUGGUGGCUGUCUGUACGGAAGGAGUCAGUACUUUCAUCCUAGUUAUUGUCAUUCUGGCUUCAUUGGAUGAGCUACGCCCCAAGGAAUGGCGACCCGAGCAUGGUGCUCCCUUUCCGUUGGCCGUAAUGUUAGCGCUCACCAUCUCUGUAAUUCUGACAAUAUAUUUUGUUGGUCCGAUAAUGGGCACAAUCGUCGCCUGUGCUCUAUACGAGUUGGUAAUCUGUCCGCACGCAUCUCUUCGCCGUACUCGAAUCUGUUUUUGCUCUCGCAAAUUUGACCGCAAGGAUUCCUACGAGCUCAAUAACGUUGCAAUCAGCGACAGUCCGACUACCUGA